CUGUCGGCGGGGAGUGUCAGGAAGAGGAAGAGCGCGGCCGGGUGUGCGGUGCAGAGCAGGGGCCCGGCCGAGGCAGCUGCGCGCGGGCCACCAUGGCCACGGACGAGCUGGCCAGCAAGCUGAGCCGGAGGCUGCAGAUGGAGGGCGAAGGCGGCGAAGCGACUGAGCAGCCGGGGCUCAACGGGGCGGCGGCGGCGGCCGGGGCUCCCGACGAGGCUGCCCAGGCGCUGGGCAGCGCGGACGACGAGCUGAGCGCCAAGCUGCUGCGGCGCGCGGACCUCAACCAGGGCAUCGGCGAGCCGCAGUCGCCCAGCCGCCGCGUCUUCAACCCCUACACCGAGUUCAAGGAGUUCUCCAGGAAGCAGAUCAAAGACAUGGAGAAGAUGUUCAAACAGUAUGAUGCCGGCAGGGAUGGCUUCAUCGACCUGAUGGAAUUGAAACUCAUGAUGGAGAAACUAGGGGCCCCUCAGACUCACCUGGGCCUGAAGAGCAUGAUCAAUGAAGUGGAUGAGGAUUUUGACAGCAAACUCAGCUUCCGGGAGUUCCUACUGAUCUUCCGCAAAGCAGCGGCAGGGGAGUUGCAGGAAGACAGCGGCUUGCACGUCCUGGCCCGCCUCUCUGAGAUCGAUGUCUCCACAGAGGGCGUUAAGGGUGCCAAGAACUUCUUCGAGGCCAAGGUACAGGCUAUCAACGUGUCCAGCCGAUUUGAGGAGGAGAUCAAAGCCGAGCAAGAGGAAAGGAAGAAGCAGGCUGAGGAGGUGAAACAGCGGAAAGCGGCCUUCAAGGAACUGCAGUCCACCUUCAAGUAGCCAGGGCCAAGGCCGAGACCAGGCCUUGCCCAGUGUGCAGUCUGGGGGCACGGGUGGGUACAGGAGACCUGUGGGAGACAAACUGAGUCCUGGCCUGUGUGAGCUAGGACCACUACUGAAAUCUAAACCGGCUGUGAACGGAUCUCAUGCAGGAGUCUCCCCAGGAGCCGGGCCAGUCCCUGUUCCUUCCCGCUGUUCCUGAGGCUGUGACACCAGCCACCAGCAUCCUCUCGCUGGCCACCCUGCUGCCUCUGCUCUAGCCCAGUGCCAGCCCAUUCACCAUGCCCCUGCCUUGUAUACCAGCUACUUUCUCCACCCACAUACCCUUAACCAUAGGCCACCCUGCCCUGGGCCUGAUGGCCCCUUUCUAGAUAGGAACCAGCAGAGAGAAAGAGAGAGUCCCCUCCCCAGGACUCUUCCAUUCAGAUCAGCCCCUCUGCUGGGUGUGAAGGGACUCCUGUUUUGAUGAAGAGACCCAGCCCCUAGCACCCUAGGCUGAUACAAAUGGGACUAGAAAUGGGGGGACUACUAUUUUGGUGAAGAGACCCAGGCCCUAACACUCUAGGCUGAUAUAAAUGGGGCCCAGCCAGGCAGGGUGAAGGCCACUGAAUCUACCUCACAGGCUACACUCUGCUAGGCAUGCCAUGGGGGCGUGAGUGAUAGGGCUGGGGUGGGGGAGGACAGAUACGUCACUUUCUGACACCCUACCCCCCAGAACAAGGGUCCCAAGGGGCUGUGAGAGGGGUGGGGUGCCAAGGGGUUGUCCUUCCGGGGGAGAACCUCAGCACUCAGCCUUGCUUCUCUGGGGAGUGCCUGAUGUGUUUGUGUGUACUGCAGUAGGACACGGGGCCACCGGUAACCCUUUUACAUUCUCCUUCCCUGGAUCUGUCACCAGUGGGAGCGCCUGCCUGUCAUGCCCACCCCUAGAACGCAUGGGGGGUCCCCCAAACCCAUCCAUCACCAGGCAGGCCAUAGUGAAACCUGUGCCAUUCCUCCAUAGUUCCCAUGUGCUUGCUCACGUGUGUGUGUGUGUUUGUGUGUGUAUCUGUUGCUGUGUUGUGAAACCGUGACGUCACCCAGUCUAAGUGAAUGGCCACAGAGGCCGCUGUUAUGCAACCUUCGUUCAGUGUGUCACUGCUUUUGAAACUCGAUAACUCUUUAUUUUACUACAGUGCCCCAAGAGUCCCCAGUUCCCCCCUGUGGGACUUAGAAAGGUUUUAUUUUUUCGAUCUUAAAACCCAUGAGAAUUGGAGGGACCGAGCCCAGCCCAGCCCAGCUCAGCAGCUGUGGCCCAGGCUUGUGUUUGCCUUAGUGGAUAUGUUUAUACAGAUAAAUAUAAAUUCCCUUUACUUCUGGCUUUUUGCUUUUUUUUUUUUUUUUUUUUUUUUUUGUCCUCCCUCUCACCACCUCCUCCCCUCCAAAAAAGAAAUGAAAACAGCUACUUCUUCAUUCAGUGGUACGAUUAUUUUUUUUAACUAAAAUGAGAUAAAAUUCUAUAUUCUUA